CCCGUUUCCAUUUUUCGGUUUCGAGCGUGAAGAGCGUCGAGGAGAGAGAGAGAGAGAGAGAGAGAGAGGGAGAAGGAAACGUAAGAGACGACUCUUUCUUCGAGGGUUAGGGGAAAAUGUCGGAGAUCGGUGAGCAUAACUCGAUGACGGAGAAGAUCAACGAGAUGAUUCAUGAGUACAAGGGAUCGUCGUCGUCAUCGGAUUCCGAAAGUGAGAGGCCCUCCUCGCAUAAUGCGAGGAAGAAACGGCUCUUCGGGAGGAAGGAAUCGGUGCACAAAGUUCUCGGAGGAGGGAAAUAUGCUGAUAUUAUUUUGUGGAGAGAUAAGAAGACAUCAGGCAGCAUACUUGCUGGAGUAACUAUUAUUUGGAUUCUCUUUGAAUGGUUGGGUUAUCACCUACUCACUUUUAUAUGCCACUCUGUUAUAGCUUUGCUGGCUUUAUCUUUUAUUUGGUCCAAUGCAGCAUCAUUUGUAAACAGGUCUCCACCUAAGUUUCCAGAGGUUAUUUUGCCUGAGGACCUGUUUCUACAAAUAGCACAAACUAUACGAUUUGAAAUUAAUGAAGCUUUCGUAACUUUCCGAUACGUAGCUUCUGGAAAGGAUUUGAAGACAUUUUUGAUGGUCAUUGCAGGUCUCUGGGUCAUUUCUGUUGUUGGCAGCUGGUUCAGUUUCUUGACUCUUUUCUAUAUCAUUUUCGUGAUCGCAUAUACCCUGCCGGUAUUCUAUGAAAAAUACGAAGAUCACGUCGAUACUGCAGCUGAGAAGGCGAUGGUCGAAAUCAGUAAGCACUACAAGGUGCUGGACGAGAAAGUGCUUCAGAAGAUACCGCGCGGACCAUUCGCUGAUAAGAAGCAGCAUUGAGAACGAUAAGUGUUCUUCAUACCCUCUUUCUUCAGCAUUGCUCCUGUUUGUUUGCCAGAAUAUUGCCGGAGCAUUUUUGGGAGUGGGGAAGUGAAAAAGUUUCUAAAAGACUCAAGCUUGUGAAAUUUUUUUCCAAGGCUUAUUCGGCACACGUCCAUACCUCUAGCUUAAGACUAUUUUCAACCAUCAAACUCAAAAUUUUUUUUCCUAUGUUAGUUUUUGAUCUUGAAGAAGAUAAACAGAUACUACUGCUCUGAUGUUCUUCUAUAGGGCUGGUAUUCAUAAUAUUGUUCUAUGACCUGCUUCUUUGCAUCCGUUUCAAUGAGUUGUCUAUGAUUAUUCAUGUGUUAA